ACCCCUUUUUUCUCUUUCACAAACCUUUUUAUGGAAAAAAAGCGAUAAAAAGGAAAAAUCUCAAGGAUUGUACAACACUGCUGCAGCUACGGGUAGGCGGAGGGACGAGGGAAAGAAAAGCCGCCCAGAAACAAAGAAAAUAAAAAAUCGGUUGGUAAACAUAAUAAUAAGCAAAUGAACAUAAUAGCAUUACCAAUGAGGCUGCUUUUGCCUUUAGCCACUCCCACCAGAACUCCCUCUUCUUCUUAUUGUUAUUGCUCUUCUUUUCUCUCUUCUCCCAACCCUAAUUUCACUUUCUUCUCUCAUUCUCGUCUCCCAUGUCCUGCCAGAAGAAACCCACAUUCUUUCUCCAAGCACAAGGGAAUGUUUUUAUGUACUGGUAUAGUGGCUUUUUGGACAUAGAAGAGGGGAUCAAGAGAUUGAUGGCUAUAGAUAUGACGAGGAGAGUAACAUGUGCUUAUUCAGUUCUGAUGAAGAUACAGGGACACAGAUUCCAACACAAGCCCAAUCUAUUGCUGAAGGAUCUGGGGCAGUUACUGUUUCAGAGUUGAAACCUGUUCCUGAUGUGGAUUAUUUGCAGGAAUUAUUAGCAAUUCAGCAACAAGGGCCUAGAUCCAUUGGGUUUUUUGGGACACGGAAUAUGGGAUUCAUGCACCAAGAGCUUAUUGAGAUUCUUAGCUAUGCAUUAGUUAUAACUAAAAACCAUAUUUAUACAUCAGGUGCAUCAGGAACUAAUGCAGCUGUUAUCAGAGGUGCUUUAAGAGCAGAGAAACCAGAGUUGCUUACAGUAAUAUUGCCCCAGAGCUUGAAGAAACAACCACCUGAGAGUCAGGAAUUAUUAGAAAAGGUGAAGACUGUGAUAGAGAAGCCUUAUAAUGAUCAUCUACCUCUGAUAGAAGCCAGCAGGCUGUGUAAUAGGGACAUCAUUUCACAUGUACAGCAAGUUAUUUGCUUUGCCUUCCAUGAUAGCAAGUUGCUCAUGGAAACAUGCCAAGAAGCCAAGAGUCUCCGGAAAAUUGUUACUCUCUUUUAUCUGGACUGAAACGAUGUCUUCAAUUGUCCAUACAUUAUUUAGGGAUAGAGAGAGAGAGUGAGCUUUUGUUUGUAAAUUAUACAAAUUGGUUUUAACAAUGAGAAUGGGGCCAAUUUGCUCCUUUCAUUGCAAGUCCAGUGGUGUUCUUAUUGGUUCACUGAAUACUGAAAGUAAAAUAAUUGUUAUAUGCAUGUUGUUCCGCAUUAAUUGUAAAACAAAAUUGGAUCAUUGGAAACUAGGCUUCAUUUAAAUGGGGCUACUGCGCGUCCAUAGAGUUGGCAAAUCUGAUCUGUGACCUAACCCGAUAAAAACUGAACUAAAAAAAUUUGGAAAUGCCGCUAAAUGUCUGUAUUCUCUCCCGAACUUGAUAGAAACUGGAUUAAAAAAGAAAAAAAAAAUUGAACUCAAGGCGAUCCAAAUUUGAAAAAGUACAAAAUCAAUGCUCCAAUACAUAGAGAUUUGAAUUGAA